AUGGAUGACAACCUUUUCGCCCCUCGGCAUGCUUCUGUCGCCCUCAAAACUUGGAAGAAGCUACAGGAUCUCAAAGCCGGUACUUCUAUAGCCCUCGACGGUCGAUCCCUUGACGUCGCCUCCGUCGUUGCCGUCGCUCGCCAUGGCCUCGUACCUCACAUCAAAGAAGACCCCCAACUGAAAGAGCGUCUACAACAAAGCAUUGACGUCCUGAACAGCCAUCUGGAUCAUGAUUGGGUUAUCUAUGGUGUUAACACCGGCUUUGGUGGGAGUGCCGAUGCCAGAACCGAAAAGCUCCGCAGACUUCAAAUCUCUCUCCUUCAGCACACGCAAAGUGCCAUUAUUGCCACCUCUGACGUGAACGGCGAGCUCCUCGACCGCGAUGGGCAGUCUCAUGCCAUUCCCACCGACUGGGUUAAAGCCGCCAUCCUGGCGAGAGCAAACCAGAAUCUUCGCGGCCACAGUGCCGUCAGGCUGGAGGUCAUUCAGACACUGCUUAAGCUGCUCUGGUUCGAUAUCACACCGGUGGUGCCUCUACGCGGCACCAUAUCCGCCUCGGGCGAUCUCAUGCCCCUAUCCUAUAUCGCCGGCACCCUGACAGGAAGCCCCGGAAUCCGAGUCCGCCAUGGGCCUUCCGCCCCUCAUAGGCUGACCACAGCCCAGGCUGCCUUUGAGAUGCACAACAUCACACCUAUUGAGCUCGCCCCGAAAGAAGGCCUGGGUCUCAUCAACGGCACGGCACCUUCUGUAGCUCUCGCUGCUCUCAUCGUACAUGAAUCUCAGCAGCUUGCCAUCCUUGCCCAGCUGCUCACCGCUUUCACCGCAGAGUCCCUUGCCGGCAACGUGGAAUGGUCGAACCCCUUUAUUCACGCCAUCCGGCCCCACCCUGGUCAACGGGAGGCGGCCUCGACCAUUCGCGCCCUCCUCAAAGGGUCCACGUUUGUCACCGGCCUCGAGUCCCGGAAGCGCACCGGCGAGGGCCUCUGGCAAGAUCGCUACUCCACGCGUACAGCCCCCCAAUGGCUCGGCCCUUACCUGGAGGACCUCCUCCUCGCCCAACGCCAGAUCGAGAUCGAGCUCAACUCGACCUCUGACAAUCCCGUCAUCGAUACAGCCGCAGGUCCCGAGGGCGAUGUUUACUCGGGCGGCAACUUCCAAGCGACAGCCGUCACGUCAGCCAUGGACAAGACGAAGAAUGCCCUGCAGAUGAUCGGCCGCAUGGUCUACUCGCAAUGCACGGAGCUCAUCAACCCGUCACUCAAUAACGGCCUUGACGCUAACCUCGUCUUCGGCGACCCAGACAACUCGUACACGAUGAAGGGCAUCGACGUCAAUAUGAGUGCUUACAUGGCCGAGCUCGCUGCCCUCGCUCACCCCGUCUCGGCCCACGUGCAAUCGGCCGAGCUGCACAACCAAGGCAUCAACUCGCUCGCCUUUCUCUCGGCCCGCCGCACGAUGGAGGCACUCGACAUCCUCGCCCACAUGUGCGCUUGCCACGCCUACGUCUGCUGCCAAGCCAUCGACCUGCGGCACUACCACCGCCGCUUCCUCGCCGCCCAUACACCGCUUCCCGCGCUUGCCUCUAUCAGCAUCAAGCUCGACGAGGCGCAGCGUGCCGAAGUGGUCGCGCUCUUCACUGACACUUGGCACGACGACAACAAGACAAGUUACCAGACCCGCUGCCGCCGCGUAGCCUCCCGCGUAGCCUCGCACAUCCUCUCCCUGGCCAUGGCACAGGGCUUCGCGCCCCUGGAAGCCAUCGCGGCAUUCGAGAUUGGUCUCUGCAAGGACAUGCUUGCCUGGGUCGCGGACCCCGCAAACGACCCCGAGCCGGCCGUGUCGGUCCCGACGGGAAACCCGGCUAUGCCUGGACUGGGUCAUGGGUCGAGCGUGCUGUACGGCGUCGUCCGCGGGGCGCUCGCCAUACCAUUCAAACGCGGGGUUCUCGCCCACGGGCAGCCGACGAUCGGAAGUGACGUGAGUAAGGUGUACGAAGCUGUGCGGUUGGGGGCCGUCAUGGACACCAUCAUGGGCGAGCUCUCAGGACUAUGGGAGGAGCAGCCGGCACCAACAAGAGCAAAGCUAUAG